AUGGCUUCUACUAGCGGAUCUGUCGUGGUGGUCGACGCUCUCACAGGGCUUCCAGUUGAUCGACCAUCACUCUACGUCGACCUCGAAGGACAAAAUCUUUCUCGAUAUGGUACCAUCUCCAUAUUGCAGAUCCACGUCCGUCCCACGAACACAACUUACCUAAUCGACGUUCAAUCCUUGGCCGACAAAUGUUUCUCCACGCCUGGAGAAACUCGCUGGACAUUGAAAGCGAUCUUGGAAUCCCCCUACAUUCCAAAGGUGUUUUUCGAUGUCCGAAGUGAUUCGGAUGCUUUGUUUGUCAUUUUCGGCAUCACUUUGAAUGGUGUCGUCGAUCUACAACUCAUGGAAUUCGCCAUUCGCCCUCACCAGGGGAAGAAGAGGGUCAUGGGACUUGAAAGAUGCGUCCGCUACAACGCGACGUUUUCCCGGUACGAGAAACUCAGAUGGAACAAGACGAAGGAGCAAGGCAGAGCGUUGUUCGCGCCCGAGUCGGGCGGAGGCUUUCAUGUGUUCCGUCAGCGCCCAUUGCAACCGGUACUUUUGGAAUAUUGCGCCCAGGAUGUGUCUGUUAUGCCUUGCCUGUGGGCAUACUAUGACAGCCAGAUGACGAAGCAGUUGCGGGAGGAGGUCAUGAAGGCUUCAACGGACAGGGUUUGGGAGACACAUGCGACAACGGGACCCAGUAUUGAUACUCCUGAGGGAAGCCUCUUCGACAGUGUUACUAGCGCUUCUGGCGGUUCUAAUAGUACUUCGUGGACCUAUACCGUGGGGUAA